UAUAAACACCGCCCCCAUGUCAACAGUCGCGUUGCGUGAGAUCUUGGCAGCGCUGACGGGCGGGGAGGUGCUGGAGGCCUUGGAGGCAGCCCGCGAAGCCGCCGGCAAUGACAUGGUCGCGCUCAUGACGAGGGUGUUUCCCCUGGUCACCCAAGUCACGGCGCAAGUGAUCGGGAAGUAUGGAUUCACACAGGAUGGUGUAGGAGCCAUUCAGUUCGAGCACGUCAUGAAGAGCCUGGGGCAGGACGACCCCGAGAUAGCGAGACUCCACACGCAAGUCCGGUCGUAUUUCCUGCCGGCGGUCGUCAUUCCUCCCUCAGGGCACCCAUGAGCGGGUGUCAAUACAAUAGGACGAAUUAGAAUGCAUUUGAGGAUUUGUGCGGCCGUGUCGAAGCCGGUUGGUAAAAGACUCCAAAGUGUACUUCCUUGUUCUCUCCUCCAUGCUUCAGGGAAAGUGAUUUUCCCUGAAAGCAGGCAUCAUGAGGAUUCCUUCAAACGAUUGAUUGCGCUUUCCUGUUGAGAGCUUUCUUUUACACCUUAUUUAGUAUUCCUCUUUUAUCAAUCUAGUUUGACUGUUAUAUUUGAUGUUUGAAUGUAUCCUACCAAAAGGAACGGAAAUAUCGCCCUGAGUGUAAUCAGUUUCCUGUUCAAGUGCUUGCCAUGUUUAUCUUGUAAUAAACACACACACAUACAAACACUUAUACAAAACUACUCCAUGUUAAAUACUACAAAAUAACUCAUAGACAAACCCACUUCAAAAAUCUACACAGAACUAACAUCCAGACUCAGAUAUAAAAAUGAACACCCACAAAAUCCCACACAUACACACAUAUGUACACUUAUGAAUGCAGUAUUCACCUGUGUGGUUCUGUGGUAUAUAUUCGAAUGUAAGUUUAUAUCAACACCAGUAGACAAAGAGAAAAAACAGGGAAAUGAUUGUUAAAAACAUGAGUGUUUUGCGUUAGUCAUAAUUAAACAUAUUCUUCCUAUAUACAUGUUGAUUGUAAGCUUUAGAAUUAUUACUGUUAUUUCUGUUCCAAUUACAAAUAUCUCCUGUCUUAGAAUAGUUGAGUUUGGUUUUUGAAUUCCUUAAUUUCAUGCCUAUCAUAGACAUUCUCUGUUGUAAGUUCACGCAGAAAAAUGCUGGCUGCCAUACUGAAGCAGCACAAGAGGCAAUAUUUUGAUGUCAGCAUUUCCCACCCUGACAGUUCUGUUGUUUACAAUAAGUGGUAUUAUAUUUUACAUUUAUA